UGUCAUCACCAGCACAUUCACAUUCGAAGGACGAGACCAUCGAUCGUACAACUAAAUGCCUACCAUAUCAACGUUCCACCAUCUGUCGCUGAUUGCACUGUUUGCUUCUAUCAAUGCACAAUGGCAAUACAUGCCCGUGGUUAUUUCGACGACAGAAGUAGGCAUCCGCUGGACAUCUCUCGGUAGGCAACAGCCCGCAUCAAACACCGCCAACCAGUUCGUCAUACAAUCUUGCACGGUAAACACUGGGUGCAUAGAGGCGUGCCGGGCUGAUGAGGUAAAUGCCGCCCAAAGGAAACACACCGUUCACGUGGACCUCCACUCCAGACGUCUUCUCAUCAGGGUGUUCCACCAGACGAUCAAGCCGAAGUCGCCUGACUUUGAGCAUGAAUUUGCGCAGACACCAGAAGAGCCGAAUCCACCGUGCAAUGUCACUUGGUCCCGUGACGCCUAUGGAGGGGCAUUGGUCAGCUGGGAUCCCGCUCUCGGCCCAGUCGAAGGCUACGAAGUCCGACUCUGUAACAGCAAGAAUCUGGGCAGCGUUCCGGGAAGUGCGUUGGCAAGCAAGUUCUAUCCAGGCGGGAUGAAAGUAGAAUGCGACGUGGGAUGCCCAGGGGUUAAGCCUAUAGUUACCAGUGAGAACUACACACAAGCCUAUCUCACUGAUAUUUAUCCCUUCGUUGGUCUCGCCAUAGAAGUUAGAUCUUUUCGUAAGGACCAGCGGCGGGUCGUCCAUCAUAGUGUACCAUCUGCAAACGUCCAUAGUGACAGACUUAGCAGAGAUCUUUUGGUUUCGAUCGCAUCUACUGCAUCGUUCUUGCUGCUAGGUAACCCCCUUGGAUUUCUGGUUGUCAUCUGUGGCGUUGGAGGGCUGGUAGCAGUAUUCAGGUGGCUACGUUACGGCCAAUGUGGUCCCAAGCCAUCGUUGGACAUUUCUCAGCUGGUUCUCAAGGCAGAAGGAUCAACAGAUCUGAAACGUGACAUGGCCGCUUCACCCCCAAAAACCAAAACAAAACCGAAAUUAGCUCAUCCGUUAACCAAAAGCAGCACAGCUACUGCCAGCAAAUAGAAGGAUCGAAUAUGUCAGCAUUCUAUACUACUAAUAAUCUAAUGCUAAUAAACUGAAAAAGACACAGCAACCUUCACACAGAAUUUUGUUCCUUACAGACAAAGCAACU